AUGGAGAAAAAUCGCAAAACUGGACCAUGGGCCAGAGAAAAUCAGAUUAUUUUCGAAAUUACUCAAGAUGGUGGUCUUGCCGAAGAGCAACUGGAUCGAAUUCCACGUCAACUGUUUGUACGACGCUUCGAUCUAUUCUGUUUCUGCUUUGCAAUGAUUACUUACUGUUUUGAUAUAAUUAGUGAUAUCGUCACAGCACUAUUCCACUAUUACGAUGAUCGGGCAGUCGCUUGCUUGUUCAUCUUGCUACUUUCCAUCGUUCCGUCUAUAGUUUUAAAUGCUGUAUCUUUUGCUUGGAUAUGUGAUGAUAAUCAAAAUAAGGCUAAGAUAGCCAAAGCCCAAGGAAAUCAGGCCAUCGCUGAAAACGGCAGGGAAUCCUACCUCUACCAUGCACUUAUGUGCAUUUUACAGGUUGGGCCCUUGUGGUGGUACUACAAAGCGUUGAUCCAUGGAAUUCACUUUCGCAUGGAGUCUGAUCCGGGCAAAAGGCGGAAACACUUCUGUCGAAUGAUCGAAGCCGAACGGGAUGCUACACUGUUGCGAUUUUUUGAGGGAUUCCUUGAAUCAGCUCCUCAACUAAUAAUUCAAGGAAAUAUACUUUCUGAGUACCUGUGGUGGCAUUUCAAUGAGACUAAUAGCAUAUUCGCGCUUCCACGAUGGGUCUAUGUCCAACUAAUAUCCAUGAUGUUAUCUCUAUUGAGCGUUUGCUGGUCCAUAUCCAUACAACAUCGAAGUUUACGUAUGGUUAGACCUGACAAAGUCAACAUGCACCCUCAUGAAAGCGUUAUGCAGUAUUAUCGGUGUCCUCCUACGAAUUUAGAGUUAUACCACCGCUUUUUCUGCAUUUUCUCAUUUCAAUGGUGCAUAUCAAAGCUUUACAGAUACUCAUGUGAAAACCUGUGUAUAGAUUUCGACUUUGUUUUGAAAAGAAAAGCCCUAAAUAUAUCCUCGCGAGGUUUAGAGGAAGGGCUGACAUUCAUCAAUGCUGCUAUACAUAUUUUCACACCAUUCAAUAUGGCUGAUGGUCCAACACGAUGGCGUUAUGCGACGGCGUAUGCAAUUGAGGCUACAGAGGCUUCUGUGAGAUUUUCCUACUACUUUCAUGAAUCGUUUAAAGGAGUAGAACCUUAUUUUGUCGUAAUUUUCUUUUCUAUCUGGAUGAAGGACAACUCGAUUCAGUUCCCAUAUAAAGUACAAGCUGCAGUAUUAUGUGGCAUUCUAUUUGUGACAGGUGCGUUGUUGGGGAAGCUAAAUGUCAAAAGAUAG